AUGAUACCAGCGAUGAUGCGGGGAUCGUCACAACAGCUCAUGGGGAUUCCCGGACCCCAGAAGAUCCUCAAGACCGUCGGCUCACUCUGGCUUUCGCAAACUUCAAAUGAGAGUGAUAAUCUCAGAACUUCAUCAUCAUGCCCUCUCUCGGAAAUUAGUUGCCAGGCCAACUUCCACGGUCAAGACACCUGCUGUUUCAAUUACCCCGGUGGUCAAAUGCUGCAGACGCAAUUCUGGGAUGUCGAUCCUCCACUCGGUCCUGAAGAUGCAUGGACUAUCCAUGGACUAUGGCCCGAUCACUGCAACGGCGGCUUUGACCAAUUCUGCGACUCCAAACGCAAGUACAGCAACAUUUCUCUGAUUAUAGUGGACGCGGGCCGGGGCGACUUGCUUGAAUACAUGAGCGAGUAUUGGAAGGAUUUCCGGGGGGAUGAUAACAAUCUGUGGCAACAUGAGUGGAACAAGCACGGCACUUGCGUCAGCACCCUGGAACCAGAUUGCUACGAGGACUAUCUGCCUCAACAGGAUGUCGUGGACUACUUCGACAAGACUGUUGAGGUUUAUAAGGAGUUGCCUUCCUAUGAGUUCCUGGCCAAUGCUGGCAUCAUACCAUCUCAAACACAGACCUAUGCUCUUGCCGAUAUUGAAGCUGCACUAGAACAAGCCCAUGGAGACCCGGUCACUAUCCGUUGCCGAAAUGGUGCCAUCAAUGAGAUUUGGUACUAUUUCAAUAUUGCAGGAAGUCUCCAAUCAGGGGAAUUCAUCCCUGCUGGACCAGGUCGGUCAAACUUCAAACUCGCGUUGUCAGAUGGCCAGAAGUCCAAUUGCCCUUCCAGGGGAAUCAAGUACCCACUGAAGCAUGCUCGGCCGGAGCCGACCCGGACGACGACCAUAGGUAAUCCAGAGCCCACGGCGCCAGGAACUCCAUUUGCAGGCCGAGGUAACUUGAUUGUUGAGAGGCUUAACCGAAAGCAUGGCUGUAUCAUCAGCUUCGGAACUUGGUUUUCUUCAGGGACCUGUGCGACUUUCCGGGCCGAAAAGCUAUCAGGUGAUGUAUUUACUCUGAAUUCUAGCAAGGGGCCCUGUGCCUUCGAGCGAGACGCCCUUACUUGCGGACCACACGUCAACAAGCCCAGCGAGUUCACCGCCAAGGAUGGUAAACUCGCCUACAGUGAUCACACUACUUUCUAUGCCCAAAAUCCUCCCAAGGGGCGUACACAAAGUAACGUGUAUGCUUCGCAAGGGGGACGGCCUAUUGAAAUUGAGAUUACCUGGGUCUCGAAGUAG